GAGCACGGAGUCAGCUGCAGGCACCCUCCCUCCCUAGUCCCUCCCCCUCCUCCUAUAAAACCUCCCCGCCGCUCUCCCGCUCCCGUCGCCGUUUCUCAUUCCUCAUUCUCAUUCUCAAGUCUCAACCAAGAAGAAGGUCGAGGGGGCAGGCCGCCAUGGACUCCCAGCAAACCGUGAAGACCAACGGGCACGGCCGCCACAACGACGGCGACGCCGCGGAGUGGAAGCAGGUCGCCGAGCUGAGGGCCGUCACCGAGGCGCAGGACCCUGCCUGCAAGGAGGAGGACGACUACAUGCUGCGGCGUUUCCUUCGCGCCCGGGACCACCACAUCGGCAAGGCGUCGGCGAUGCUGCUCAAGUACCUCAAGUGGAAGCCGACGGCGAAGCCCAACGGGUCCAUCUCGGAGGCGGAGGUGGCGCACGAGCUGUCCCAGGGGAAGCUGUGCCUGCAGGGGCAGGACCGGCAGGGGCGGCCCAUGAUCUACGGGUUCGGUGCCCGGCACCACCCGUCGAACCGCGACCUCGACGAGUUCAAGCGCUACGUCGUCUACGUCCUGGACGCCACCGUGGCGAGGCUGCCCCCCGGGCAGGAGAAGUUCGCCGCCGUCGCCGACCUCAAGGGCUGGGGCUACUCCAACUGCGACAUCCGGGCCUACCUCGCGGCGCUGGACAUCAUGCAGAACUACUACCCGGAGCGGCUGGGGCGGGUGUUCCUCGUCCACGUGCCCUACGUGUUCAUGGCGGCCUGGAAGAUCGUAUACCCCUUCAUCGACGACAACACCAAGAAGAAGUUCGUCUUCGUCUCCGACAAGGACCUCGACAGGACGCUCCGGGAGGCCAUCGACGACGCGCAGCUGCCGGAGAUGUACGGAGGCAAGCUCAAGCUCGCCUCGCCGGCGCCGGCGGCCAAAUGAUGUGAUGAUCAUCACGUACUGAUCUAUUGCUGGCUGGCAGAGACGUCAAUCAUAUCGACCGUGCUUCGAUCUAUCGGUGAUGCAUGUGAUCGAUCGAUCUGAUUCUGAUGAGGGUGGUCCAGAGCUACGUACGUACACGGCUAUAGACACAGGCACUAGCUCGAGAGUGUCAAACACUAUAGCAUUAGGCAAAUCGAGUACUACAACAAGGCUCAGAAAGAUGCAAGGUUUCUGCAUGUAGCUAUCCUCUCUCCAUGUACUGCAUGCGUACAGUGCAUUGCAUCUGUAUUAAUAAUUAAGGCUAUCUACUGCCUGCUUAUACAUAUAGCAACUGCAUGCAGCAGCAUCGAUGAUGCAUCCAUGGAACGAGAACCUACAAUGUCAAUCCCAUUUUC